GAUUCAACCACCACUGAUCACAAACAUUUUUUUACUGACCAUUGUUGUGAAUGUUUCUUGUUUUUGUUAAUUAUUGAAUUUUUGGAAAAUAUACUUUCAAACUAAACUAAUGUAUUUGAGAAAAUGAUUCGACUAAAACAAUAUGUCCACAUUUUGAUGUUGGUCAUAUUUUGGUUAUUGAUUGUUGAAUGUUCAUCAUUGAAUGUAAAAAUCAAUGAUUGCCCAAAACGUUGUAAUUGUCUAUCAGCCAGUGUUGUUAAUUGUGCUAAUCAACAAUUUCAUCGGAUACCCGUCGAUCUGCCAAGAUGGACUGAAUCCUUGAUUAUGAAUGACAAUCCCUUGGAAACCAUAUCAUCAUCCUCAUUGAUCAUUUCACCAAAUAAUUUAACAUUGAUCGACCUAUCACGUACCCAACUAAGAUUCAUUGACUCCGAAGUGUUCAACAAUGUUUUCAAUGAUGUUUCCUAUUUGGAGAAAAGUUUAAAAAAUAUCAAUCUCAACGAUAAUGAAUUGACACAAUUUCCAUUGAUUUAUCACGCAAAUAGUCUACGUUGGUUGAGCAUUGCCAACAAUCAUUUAAAUUAUGAAUCGAUUCAAUCGAUUGAUAUAUCAUCAAUUUAUCCCCAUGUUCAAUACAUCGAUCUAUCGAAUAACUCGAUCAAAAUUAUACCCAAACAUUUUCUUUCCACCACCGUAAUGUGGAACAUUACUCAAUUAAUACUGGUCAAUAAUGAUUUGGAAAUUAUUGAACAGGAUGCAUUCGAAAUGUUUCCCAACUUGAAAGUAUUAAAAAUUUCAAAAAAUAACCUGCAGAUUAUAUCGAAAUCGUGGUUGAAUGGAUUGAAUCAUUUGCGAGAACUGGAUUUAAAUUAUAAUCAAAUCAAUAAAAUCGAUAUUUUGGCUUUCGAAGCAUUAGAAUCAUUGAUAUCGUUGAAAAUUCGACGAAACAAAUUGAACAAUUUGGAUGAUGGGUCAUUUUGGGGCCUGACGAAUCUACAGAAAUUAAAUCUUGAUCAUAACAAUAUCAGCGAAAUCAGUGAAGGCUGGAUUUAUGGCCUAGAAUCCUUGAAAGAAUUGACCAUCAAACAUAACUCGAUUGCCAAUAUUGGCGAUAAUGUUUGGAAUUCGUUACGUAGUUUGAUUGAAAUCAAUCUCAGUUAUAAUCGAUUACAGCAUAUUCGAUUGAAAACAUUCGACAAAUUAAACUCGUUACAGACGUUGAAAUUGUCCAACAAUAAUAUAUCCUAUGUUGAUGACAAUUCAUUUCGAUCGCUGAAAAAUUUGCAAACAUUAGACCUAUCCUAUAAUCAACUAUCAUGGACACUAGAAGGAUCCACUGGAUUUUUUAAUGGUCUUGCCCAUCUGAGAGAACUACGUUUAGAUAAUAAUCAAAUACGUCUGAUUUAUAAACAUACUUUCACCGGAUUAUCCAACCUACUAAUGCUUAAUCUCACCGCAAAUCCAUUAUCAUCCAUUCAAGCAGACUCAUUUGAAUGGUCAUCAAAUCUGAAUCGAAUUCAUCUGGAACAAAUCGAUCUACUUUGCGAUUGUACAAUGAAAUGGCUUUAUCAGUGGUUACAAACCAAUCCCAAACGACAACAAUCAGCCAGAAAAAUUCAUUGCAAAUAUCCACAUAAUUUGGCCAUUCGAACACAGAAUUCAUUUCUAGACGUGCAACCAGAAGAAUUUAAAUGUCAACACUUUCUCAAACCAUAUUUGAUUGAAGAUUUCAGCAAUUUAAGCAAACCAAUUGCAGCCAUCAAAAAUGAUGAUAUACGUUUUAAUUGCAAAGUUGCCACCGGCAGUAAUGAUAAAAUUCAAUUCAAAUGGUUUCGCAAUAAUCAACUAAUUGAACAUGACCGGGCACAAAUCGAAAACAUUGCCCAACCAUUUUCCGAUAAUGUUACACAUUACACCAGUAUAUUGCAUUUGAUCAACAUCCAAGAUGAUGACCAAGGCCGAUAUCAUUGCAUGGCAUCCAAUAGCUAUGGCAGUGUUUAUUCGCAUAAAUUUUCGGUCAAUGUUUAUGUUGUUCCUUAUUUUCUCAAACGACCGUAUAAUGUGACCGUAAGAAUCGGCCAUACAGCUAAAUUAGAAUGUUCGGCUAAAGGUCAACCUAGUCCGAUUGUUUCAUGGCAGAAGGAUGGUGGCGACAAUUUUCCAGCCGCUAUGGAACGUCGAAUGCAUGUCAUGCCUGCUGAUGAUGUUUUCUUUAUUGUUGAAGUGAAAAAAACAGAUAUGGGUUCAUAUAGUUGUCAUGCUGCCAAUGAUGCUGGUUCCAUCGUUUCAACAGCCUAUUUGAAUGUUAUCGAAAUACCAUCCUUGUUACGAAAAAUGGUCGAUAUCAAAAGUCAGCCUGGUCAAACCGUUUCAUUAGAAUGUAUGGCUACGGGUAUUCCUGUGCCCAAAGUUGUUUGGUUUAAAGAUGGCCAACUAUUAGAGCAAACUGAUCGGCAUUUUUUUACUGCCGGUGGACAAAGGUUAAUCAUCGCCAAAUCUGCAUUGUCCGAUCAAGGUCACUAUUCAUGCAAUAUUUCCAAUACAUAUGGUACGACUAGUGAUUCUUGCUAUUUGGAAAUGGUAACAAUUUCCAAAAGAAAUUCCGAUAAUUUUAUCACUUCAUUCGGUUAUGUGAUGAAUGAAUAUUGCUCGAUUGUCAUUGCUAUUGUCAUAUGCGUUGUACUAACAUCAUUGGCUUGGAUUGUUGUCAUUUGCUAUAUACGGCGACAACAUAAUUCACAUCUGCUGAAAACCUUUGAAAACAACCCAGGCAACCAUCAUUGUAUGGAAACUUCAAUUGAUUUCAAUCAACAUGCACAAACAUCUAAAUUUACCGAUUGUGAUGAAUCGGAUGUUAUUUGUGAUUCGGAUACUGGUAUCGAAGGAAGUUGUCAAUCACAAGAAGAUGAGAGAAGUGUUCAAGAAUAUCAUUCCUUACCAAGAAAAAAUCAUCCAUUUUCAUCAAUGAAUCGUCAUACAAGUUCCUUAUCCCGUCAUAAGAAAACCUUUACUAGUUUUCAACAAAAUCGUUCAGCAACAUUAUUGUCUUUGAAAUGUGAUAGAAAUCGUAUUUGCAACAAUGAUGAUGAUAAUUUCUAUCAAAAAAAUAUCAUCGCACAAAAACAUCCAUACCAUUAUCAGUCAACAAUGAUGAUGGCGCCUCGAACAUUUUCAUAUAGAGAUAUAGCUCCAAUCAAGCAACAACAACAACAACACGAUCAUUAUUAUUAUUAUUAGUUGUUUAUUCAUUCAUUCAAGGCAGAAAGAAAUUAAUAUUCAACAAAUUCAUAUUGGCCAAUACAAGACAAGCCUAGUGUAGUUG